AGGUUUAGUUAUUGUGUCGCGCUUGUUAGCGUAACGCGAGUCUGCGUAGUAAGACGCAGAGUUUAAUGACAUUUCUAGAAUAAUUGGACAAAAAUACGAAAUGCUUCAGCUGCCAACUAUACAAACACCGCCACUAUUUGGAGACGACACGCUAUUGCGUUCGAUCGACUGGUUAGAAGGGUUUCCUUGGAAGCAAGAAAAUGUAGUGAAACGCGGACAUAAUAAGUAUGAAAUAUGUAUAAAGGUGCACGACUAUGCCCCCGAGGAAAUAUCAGUGAAAACAGCUGAUGGGUUUAUUGUUGUGGAAGGGAAACAUGAGGAAAAACAAGACGACUAUGGAUACAUCGCUCGGCAAUUCAUGAGGAGAUUCCAAGUUCCAGAAGGAUGUCGAAUUGAAGAGAUAAAGUCCAGAUUGACGGCUGACGGGCUACUCAUCAUCACUGUUCCUCGUGUCCCUAUCGUGAAAAAGGAUACUGUGAUACCUGUAAAACACGAGGGCUCAAAGAGUAAGCUGUGAUUCUAUUUUGCAUAAAUAAGAAAUAAUGGUGACUUUGUUAUUAUUUUUGAUAAAAAUUCCUGAUCAACAUUAAUUGUUGUUUUUGUUGGUUAUCUUAUGGAAAAUCGGUGAUAUGUGUACCUAAAUACUAAUUUUAUU